CGCAGUGAGUCGGGUCUACGGAUCUCGCAUGUUAGCGUGAGAACAACAACAAAGAGCUGGAGGGUGAGGUUCAUCACGAUCACUCUCAGGAGUGGAUGGCACUAGAAGAGCAACAAAAUGAUUUUAAUUCAAAUGAACAGAUUUAGAUUAAAAAAUGAAAAAAAUAUCUAUUUUUGGUCGCAUUACGUGACAGUUCCACAAAGCUUCUCAUUCAUGUUGUGUUCCUCUGCAGACAUGAACACAGAAUCCCUUAUGCAGUCCCCCCUCUAUUCCCCAUACAAGAGUGGGUUUUAAUAAAUGAACAUAUAACCCUACAUUUGCAAACAGUGAAAACAGCAGUCUAAAUGUGGCAAUACAUGGUCAAGUGUUGCCCACUAAAAGUAAAUAAAGCCAGAGCCGGCCCAAGCCUUAAUGGGGCCCUAAGCAAAAUUUGAUUUUGGGACCCUUUAUUUCUGCCAAUAAUAUUGAUUGUUGAUCAUUCACACACCUUCACAAAUCUCUUUCCAUGACAUACAAACAUACCUUUAUCUUGGUGUUUUUUCUCUUCUUCCUCUUUCUUUUCUGUGCUCCUGAAGGAUAUGUCCUUUUUUACAACAUUGUUUUGUCCCACAACUACCUGCGCCACAGCAGAAGGCACAUAACGGUAGCGGAGCUUUGACAUAUCGGCAGUAAGAAUCAUAUGCCUACAUCAGCAGCAGCACUAAAAUGUUUUUUAUUUUAUUUUAUUUUUACAAUAAUAUAUAUUUGCUCAUCAGAAGUAAAAAAUAUUGUUAUAAUUUUUUUGAUUGUUCUUGGGGGGCCCCUCCUGGCCACGGGGCCCUAAGCAGGCGCUUAGUUCGCUUUUGCCUAGGGCCGGCUCUGGAUAUAGCAUUUUUUAAAAAUCUAUACUGUAGAAAUGGCUUUUAAUAUGUGAUUUAUCAGCAAAAAUGACAGCACCAAAAGAUACUUCUAUAUAUCCCUUUCUUAUCCUUUUCACUUGUAUUUGAAUGACUUGUACAAUAUUUGGUUGACUUGGGCCUAAUCAUGGCCUUUUUAAAUGCAAACUAGUGAAUCUACUGCAUUGUGUGUAGUUUGUCAAACAAACCUCUCCCACCUCACACUUACUACACUGUAGAGUAGAGGUGGGCAAACUAAGGCCUGGGGGCCACAUUCAGCCUGAUUUACAAUUUCAUCCGGCCCGCAGAGCUGUUACAAAAAAGGAUUAUAAUUACCACAUAAUUAUUAUAAUCAUAAUAAACUUUAUUUGUAUAGCACCUUUCUAGAAAAGGUGCUAUAUUUAAAAAAAGGGUGAGACAAAAAGACAUAAAAAUCAACAAAAAGUACACUAGUAGCCAAAGUCCUGGUAAUACAAAGGCAAGUGUAAACAAAGGGGUUUUCAACAGCUUCUUGAAAGUGUCCAAAGUCCUUUGUUCUCGUGGGAGAGAGUUCAAAAGUUUCGGUGCAAAAAACUCAAAUGCACAGUCUCCUUUAGUUCGUAGUCUGGUCCAGGGAACAACCAGCAAACCCUGAUCAGAGGAUUUUAGAGUCUCUGAUGAGGUCUCUGAUAUAUGCUGGAGCUUGUCCAUGCAAAGCUCUAAACACAAGAACAAGUAAUUUAACAGUAUAUGUAACACUGUUGAUCAGCAAAGGUUUAUUCAAUAAUGCAGCCCUUUCAGUAUACUGUUUGAUGGGCUACCUGUGCCAAAUCAAUAACAACCCACAUAGCUUGCACCCAAUCCACACAUAUUUUAAAUACAGCAAAGUAAUGCACUAUAUUGAUAUCUUUGUUAACAAUCUGUUAACGCUGUCCUCUGAAUUUGCGAAUCACAAAUCUGUUAUCGUAGCGUUUUAUGUAAGGCCAUGUGAGUAAUAGUUCAUGUUGCUCCCCUGUUCAAGAAAACAACUUUAAAGAUUUAAUCAUGAAAUGCAAAGACUUAACACUAGAUGGCACCACAGAUAAAUGUAUUUGAAUGACAUCAAUAUGAACUCUGGCUGCAGCAGUAAACACAUCUCAAAACACAAGCCUUUUCUGCAGCCCUACACACCUCCUUUUAUAACACCCUGUUCAUAGUACAGAGCAUGUUACCACAUGUCAGCCAAUCAUGCUGUCGAAGGAGGUGCUCCCCCUACUCUUUCUUUCAAGGUGUGAAAAAAAUCCCUGCUAUAUUGCGUAACAUACUCAAUAGCUCAGCUGACACUUUGGAGCUGGAUUGCCUUCCCAACAAAAGUGGAUUUGGGUAAGUAUUAAUAAUCUCUGUUAGCUCAUGAAACGUAAAAACAGCCAUGAAAUGUGUUUUGCUGAAACAUUUUGUACUAUAAGACUCACUGUCAAAGUCUUAGUAGGUACAUGUGGGUGUGAAGGCAGCUUUUCAACUACUGCUGAGCAACCUUUGCAUAACCACAGUGUUUUCCACAUUGUUCUGGUCAAUGUAUGACAACAAAUUCUGUCACCUGUUUGAAUUUUUGGUGUUCUGGUGACUCUUAAAUCAGGUCAAGGUGGAGCCAGCUCUAAUAUUGAUAAACGUACAUUUAUUUUGCCCAGACAAACAGUUUUGUUUGACAUCAGACUCCUCAUGAAAUGUUUUUGUCCGCCAAACAGAACAAUGAAUGACUGAGAGAUUAGAGUGAGAUGUAGAGUACCUUCAAGGUCAACUGCACUAAGAUUUUAUUACUAUAAACAACAUUGCACUGAACACGAAAAGCGUUUUUCUAUUGUUUUUUAUUACCUUCUGUUUUAACUGCAUAUGUCAUUUUAAUUGAUUAUACAGAUAUAAUGUGAAUAAAUACAGUUUAAUGGAUCAGACAAAACACUGUUGCAACCCUGAAUAAUUGGUCAGAUUCUGUGUUUGCUAUUUUUUUUCCAGGAAGUUUAAUGUUGCUUUAGUUUCUUUAUGUGUGUUUCAUAAGAAAUUUUUUGAUCAACUUCAAUGUCAACUUCAUGACAGUCACGUGUUGUUUUUCAGGCCUUAAAGAGACAUCAGUAUGAAGGUGCCUCAUCUGUCACUGAUUACCCUUGCUCUACUUGUGAUUCAACUAUCCAGUGCAUCAGGGGGCAAAAUCCUGGUGUUCCCAUUGGAUGGAAGCCACUGGGUAAACAUGAAAGUACUCGUAGAGGAGCUGCAUGCCAAAGGUCAUGAGGUCACCGUAGUGCGAACAUCAGAUAGCUGGUACAUCACUGAAAAGUCCCCUCUUUACACCUCCAUCACGCUUUCUGGGCCUAAUAGAUUUGAGGAAAAUUUUGACACCUUUCUGCAUCAACAGCUGGAAAUCCGUCUUCAGAAUAAACAUCCAUCUCGGUGGUCUCGCUUUUGGACUCGUGUGCAGAUUCAACGGUUGGUUGUGUACCAGUUCUCUCAGUUCCAUAAGGGCAUGAGUGAAAUGGUCUCUCAGAUGUUUGAGGAUGAAAACUUGAUGAAGUCUUUGCGUGAAGCCAAGUAUGACUUGGUUUUGACCGACCCGGGCAUUGGUGGAGGAGCCAUGCUGGCACGUUGGCUCCAAGUUCCUCUUGUUUUCAACGUCAGAUGGACCAUUCAAGGUGAAGCUCAUUUACUUAUCGCACCUUCACCUCUGUCAUAUGUCCCUUUCACUGCAACAGAGUUCACAGAUAAGAUGACCUUCUUCCAAAGAGUGAGCAAUGUUUUACGUUAUGUCCUUGGUAUGUACACGAUGUCACAGAUUACAGAGCCUCAUUAUAAACCGCUGGUGAAGAAGUACUUUGGUCCUGAUGUGGAUUACUCAACUUUUUUCCUUGACGCAGACAUCUGGCUUAUGAGGAAUGAUUUUAUUUUUGAAUAUCCACGUCCAACGAUGCCAAAUAUUGUCUACAUGGGUGGCUUUCAGUGCAAGCCUCCAAAGCCACUCCCUGCAGACCUGGAGGAGUUUGUUGAGAGCUCUGGUGACCAUGGGGUCAUUGUGAUGACAUUAGGAACUUUAAUUGCAGAGCUUCCACUAGAUCUAACUGAGGAGAUUGCUGCUGCCUUUGCUCUGCUGCCUCAGAAGGUUAUAUGGAGGUACACUGGACAAAGACCAGCCACCUUGGGGAAUAACACACGACUGGUGGACUGGCUACCACAGAAAGACCUCCUAGGACAUCCAAAAACUAAAGUGUUUGUUACACAUGGAGGCACUAAUGGGGUUCAGGAGGCAAUUUACUUUGGAGUGCCUGUAGUUGGACUUCCUUUGUUCUUUGAUCAGCCUGACAACCUGUCCAGAAUCCGAGCAAAGGGGGGAGCAAUGAUUGUUGAUAUCGCUGUGCUUGAUAGACAGAUGUUUGCAGAUGCCUUGAUGGCAGUUCUCUAUAAUCCCUCUUUUAGGGAAAACAUGCAGACUCUCUCCAGACUGCACAGAGAUCAGCCCAUGAAGCCUCUGGACCGGGCGGUGUUUUGGAUAGAAUAUGUCAUCAGACAUAAAGGAGCCCGUCAUCUGCAGACGCAGUCCUACAAAAUGUCUUGGUUUGUUUAUAACUCUGUAGAUGUUAUCGCUGCUUUGUUAGCACUUAUCUUCCUUGUAGUGUUUAUCUGUAUUUUCAUUGUGAAGUUACUGUGGAGGAUUAUUUUUACUGGGAAAAAAGUCAAAAAUGAAUGAUGUGAAAAAAAUUGUGUUUGAAAUAAAGGAAAAAAAAACCCCUCCAAUAAAUCUGUGCAUGUGGCAACAUGUGUGAUGCAUUUUGAACUUGCCAUCACCUCAUCAAUAUAAAGGAAAAAAGGACGCUGAUCAACACUAACAGCUUUAAUUUAGACUGGAAACAAGACUGGUCAUAAAGUAGUGUUAUUUAAGACACGAGAGCGGAAACACAGAUAAGAGUAUUUGAUAGGUAGAGUGCCCACUGUGAAAACAUCUCUUUCCGGAAUAGAACAAAUGUUUUAAGUCAGGGGUUUGUCAGUUUUUAAAACGUAUUUAUUUUGAAGAUAUUUCAGCCCUAAGUUUUGAACUGUUAGGCAUACUGUAGUAUGUGGUGUGGCUGACUUGACUGACAGGCAGGCACAUUGCAGCUGCUGAGACUGAGGGCCCAUCUCAGCUUCACCUCUUAGCAACUGAAAGGGAGUCAGCAUUUCUAAGAAAGCAGCCCUGUUUGUUCGGCAUCAAGACUUUGCUUCAGUUACUAACAGGUGACAUCACUGAGACUACGUUCAUGUUUUGAUAGUUUUUAGUCUCAACACAGAGAUUCAUAAAACAAAAGUACAAAACCAAACUGAAUAAGAUAACAUAAAAUCUAACAUGAUCAAGCAUAAUUUCUUUAGCAAUGGAUACAAUAAUGUGUAUAGUAUGUGAGGAAUAGAAUUAACAAUAUUGGCACAACUUUAAUCCAUCAAAUUGACAAAUACAUAAUUAUCUAAUCAUCUGUACAGAAUUUGAUGAGGAUUCACUUGGUUUGUCACUGCAACAAAGUUAUAAUAUAGAUAAUUUAUAAUUCAAAGUUAAAUGCACUUGUAGUACUUCUGUAAACUUUCACUUUUUACAGUGUACCUCAUUGUGGCAUUUUAUUUUGUGAUGCAGUAAGUGACAGGACAGGUUGCAAGAGACACGACAGUCUUUUAUCACAAGUCAUGUCAAAAAAUGCAGUAUACCAGUACAAAACCAAAAAAUUCAGCAUUAACAAUAUUCAUACAGAUAAGUGUUUCUUUGACACAAAACAUUUUAACAAAAUAGCUGAAAUGAAAACAGAAAGUAUCUAUCAAACCC